AUGAUGUUUAACAACUGCAGCUGCAGUUCGGAUGAUCCCGAAAAGUUGCUCACCCAUUUGAACUGCAGCCUGGGCAGAAGCUGGCGACGUCGCACCUUCUCGAUUGAGCUAAAGUUUCGUCAGCCUGUGACAAAGUUUCUUGUUAACAUGGCCAGUGUGCUGCCACGAGUUAACGGUCCGGAUUUUACACUGUUCAACCUGAGCGACAUUAAUGGCUGCCAAUUGUUGGCCAACAAAAAUCAGAUACCGUUUAUACAGCUGGGCCGUCUUACAAUGGAGAGCUUUAGUAAUGUGCCCAAGCGUUGUCCCUUUCCCAAGGACGAGCUCAUCUAUGUGCGCAGCUUUCGCUCCAAUAUGCAGAAUAUGCCCGCUUUCAGUUUUGAAUCGGAUAUGCAUAUACAUUUUGCAGUGCUCGUUAAUGGCAAUAAGAUCAUAAAGGGCUUCAUACAGAGCCGCGUUCAGCGUCAUCGAAGCGGCAAAAGGGACGAACUCUUGUAGCCCAGCGGCCAUUCGCAAUGCCAAUGCCAACAAAUCGCUGAAAAGCAACUAAGCAAGUGGCAUGUGGCAAACUGUUGCAAUAAAAUAUAAAUAAAAACGCCAUGCCAAUUAAGGUACUUUUUGCGAACUUUGUGUACCCUAACGGAAACUAUUUUGAAUAUGUUCUCAAGAGAGUUGUGUAUCAAUUUAUACUGUCUUGAGAAUCGAUGCUAUGAAACUGAGCAUGCUUCAAAUGUCGCUCACAAUGUCAAUAUAUUUAUCUACCCUUUUAUCUGUGUGUCC